UUCCCUUCACUAUAGUCAACACAGAUAUCUUCGUCCAACUCUCAGUGCUUUAUUCACCUAAAAACAACGACUCUGUGGUGACGUGAGUUUAUUUCUCACUAUGUAGUGACGGACAUAAAGCGUUAGGCAGUUAAAUUUGCGUUGUCACGUUUUAACCUACAUUUAAAUCACUUUGUGUUGCCGGUUAGCUGUGUUAUUGGAAGCUAGCAAGUUGACGCUAGCUAACGCUAUUAACGUCAUUUCCUUCGUGUUUUAACGGUUAAACUUGAGAGGCACUGCUCAAGGGUUAAACUCUAGCUAAUACAACUGUCAACAACCUGAAACUAUCGUGUCCACGCAGUGUUUUUUCCGUCUGAGCGGCGUGUGGACGACACCAGCGGCCGGUUGAUUUACCGAGGUGGACGUUACGCCAAAUUUAAAGUAGCAGGUAGCAGCAGCCAGGGGGGAUUGCCCUCAGUAGAGCACUAAGCUAGCAGGCUAACACGCGGCCAAGCGACGGGUUGUGAAUCCGUUUAUUCAGCCUUCAUCUGAUCGCAAAAACUCGUGGGAUUGAGCUCCCCGCGGGGCUGCGUGAGCUCUGCCAACAGUCCCAUGCUAUCUGCGCGGAUGGGAGAUAGUUAGCCGGUGGAGCCGAAGAGGUAACCAGCCAGCAGUUGUGUUAAACAUGGAGGAUGAAGAGGUUGCAGAGAGCUGGGAAGAGGCAGCGGACAGCGGGGAAAUAGAGAGACGACUUGAAGCUAAACUGAAAAUAAAUCAGGAGGCAAAGAAGUCCAGCUUGGGUUUGGGUGGCUCACCUGUCCGAACUGCUAUUGUGAUCCAGGAUGACUCUCUGCCUGCAGCACCACCACCACAAAUUCGUAUUCUGAAACGUCCUACAAAUAAUGGUACUGCAGGAAACCUCGCAUCCUCAACUCGUCCUUCUCAGCAGAUGAAGUCUUUGGCCCAGCGGGAGGCAGAGUACGCAGAAGCCCGUAAAAGGAUUUUGGGUAGUGCGUCCUCAGAUGAUACGCCUCAGGACAAUCCAUGCCAGGACAGGCCAGCUCGUAUGAGCGGGCAGCAACCAUCAGACCCAGUUCGUCCAAACAAUCACGUGAUCCGCCAGCCCACUGGCCCAGAUGGCACCCCAGGCUUCCGACUCUGCAGAUAAACAGGAGAUACUUGUUGCAAGGAAUCAUCUGUCUCCCUGAGAGGGCAUAAAGGGUGGCAGUUAAAGGGGUUGUGUGUGGUAUGAAGAGCAGAGUGGUGGGGUGACACAAAAUUUGACCGACAUUAGAAAUAUGAAGACGUAGCAUGGAUAGGAAUGAACUUCUCCACCCUCUCUCUACUCUGCUUACUGGCAUGGUCUUUGCCUUUCACCUUGUCUUUUCCUUCUGUGGAAUGCAGCAAGGGGCUGGCAGAGAUCAGCCAAAGAUCUGAAACCCCUUCUGUUCCACACUGUGAACAGGCGUUUGCCUCACAUCCCUACACACUGUGAUACUUUGAAGUACCAUGAGGUGCCCUAUGAUUUUAAGUAUGAUUGGCCGGCCGAGUGCCAGGGCAUCAGGUGUCUGUCUCUUCAGGGAGAAAAAGGAGAGCUCGUGGGUCUGUGGGGAUUCCCCGGAGAGGCACAAGUGAACGAGCUGGCCUUUCCACUGAUGGAGCGUGGAUCAUGGCUGGGUGUCCACCGGGAAGCUGCCUCAGUUUGUCGGGUUCAGUGGAAAUUAAGUGCUUUACAGUGCUGAGAGUUUACUGUGUGUUCAGCAGCUUGAGUGCGAGGUGAGAGAAAGUCAAACCGAUCUAACACUUUGAGUUAAAGUGCACUGUGCUCAGAAGUGUGUCAUUAUACUGUAGUUGCAUAGCAAUGGCAGAGGCCCAGACCAGCACUUUCCACAGUCCACAGGCCUCUGUUUGGCACUGGUGGCUAUGAAAGAAAUGCCCGGUGGGCACACAGCCUGUGGCCAAAGAUUAUAGAUCGGAAGGACAGAAUGUCACUAAAUCUAAGCUUAUUCAAGCAAUAAAGAUGAAUUUACUCCCUGGAUUAUUUUUUACAUAUUGCCUAAUUACAUGUGCUGUGUGUUGUUUCAUCUUUGGUUUUAAAGAGUUGACAUUGUUUCUUGACAUAGUAUGUUUAAGUCAGGAGAUCAGUAGUGUAUCAGAGAUUAGAUGAUGUAGCCUGCAUAGGAAACCUUUUAGGUAGUGUCAUGUUAAAUUUUAUCAAAGUCAGACCUAUUCAUGAAUUGAAAAUCUAAGUUAUUGUGCAUAAAUGUCCCAGUGUGUGUUGCCUUGCUGUUUCUAAUCAGAAUGGCUACGUUGGAACUUCACUUACAGCCAACUGUACUGCAUCUGUCUAGAAAAGAGGAUUUGUUUUUGCACCAGUUGAAGCAUAUUGACUGAUUGCAUUAUUAUGAUUAUGGUUUGCAAAUUUUUGUUUGCAGCCAAUUGAAAGUUUGCAAACCAUGGUAUUGAUAAUCUCAUCCAAUGAGUUACUGGUACUGAUAGUUACUGCAACAGCUUUCUUACCCGUUGACACUUGUAUGCCUUAAAGACAAACGGUCCCUGCUUACAUACGUACACUUUCCAGUGGGUAGUGCUUGGUUAUCUUGAGCUUCUUGUGCACUUGUGAUAGGUUAAUUAUUUUACCGAAUAAACCCUAUGUCAUUGAGGCACAGUUUAUAGCUACAAGAGUGUUAGGCAAAUGCAAAAUCACACUCAGUGAGGGUGCCAUAAUACUUUUCUUACAGGGGCGUUCCAUGGCUGUGCUUUGACAAUUUCCAGUGUCAGUAAAACCAUUGACUGGAAAUAUUCACAAGAAAUACUGAAUUUAAAAACUAUGAUUAACGGUGAAUUAAACAACUUGCUUCUACCCAGCAGUAAACUUAUCAAUAUGACUAAAAACAGCUGUAUUUGAACCAAUUAUUCCAAUCUCAUGUAUCAUUCAAAGAUAAUAAAACUUUUCAGGGUGAGAGGAGGACAUCUUUCACUAAUGUCAGGGAAUUGAAGUUUCCUUUUGUUGUUCGAUGACAGCAGUAUAAGUUGUUCAUCGCAGCUCUAACAUCUGAAUAGAGAUAGUAUUCACUCUACUCUCAAUACACUGUUCUAAGGGAUCAGGUCCAAUUAUUGAAUUUAAAUAGAUUUGUCAUCAUUUUAAAUUUAUAAUUAAAAGCAAAAGCCCAUCCUGUAUCUAUGUGAUCUACACAUGAAGCUUUGUUUGAGUCACUCACAGCCACCUGUGUACUCUGAGGCUGAUUUGAUGUCAUUGUUGUUUUGAAACUUGAAAAACACAAAUAAAAUUUGAAUACCCUUUAAUAAACACACCUCAAACUUG